AAAAUCCAAUAACCUAAACUUAACCUCAUCCUUCCGUUCCAGUGACUUUUUCUUGUCUUAUAUCUCACGCAUCCAACACACAGGGUGGUCAGGAGAAGCAAGUAAACGUGACCCUCCACAACCCAUCUUGUAGUGGUAUCCAAUCGUGAUCGGUCGUCAUAAGAGAUGAGUCGAGAAUGACAACAAAAGAACGUCAGCUGGCCUUCCGUUGCCGGAACGCUGCAAUUAGACACCGGUGGUGGGGAGCGUCGACUGGGAAGAUUGGUGGGGGUAGAUCGGCCGUGAAGCGUGGCUCCUCUUCAGUCGGUCCGGAAACGCGGUGCGAAGAACACGUUUCUCGUUGUUUGUCACUUCUUCGUUACACGUGAUGAUGUUUCUUUAUGUGCAUGGAUCCUUAUGCUCGAUAUCGCGUUCGGUAGUUGUUGCGUGUAGUGUCAGUGCAUAAAGAGUGCGAAAAAGUGCGUGGUUAUGAGGGAGGCUGGUUUGGAGAGCGGGAUGGUCAGCUUUAAGAACAACAACGUAGACAGUGAUCAGUCAACGCCGCAUCGCCAUCUGCCCGGCAGUCUGAGAGGUUCUCUGAGUUACUCUCACAGUCACCGGCAUAACCAUCUUCACAGACAUGAUCCACCAUUACCACCGGCAUAUUGCACUCCACCUCCGCCUCCCACCUCGAGUUUCCCCACAGUACAGCGUAGCUGUGCCCUGCAUUCGAGGCUCGACCAGCCGGUGACCAGCUCGACGUCCGGAAUGGACAGCAAAAAGGUUGUCCAGGCGGCACCGGUCCCCGUACCUGUCCAGGUACGUAGCAAGAACGAUGGCUCGGGGGUGGUGGCAGCGUCCGUGUCGGGGGUACGGAGACGAAGCGGCUCCCAGGGUUUACGAUCGCCCGCCGCCAAGAGGCCACUCUCCGCCCCCGUGGCUCUUCAGGGAUGGCUACACAAACAGGGAUCCGAGGGGCUGAUGCUCUGGAAGAAACGGUGGUUCGUCCUCUCCGAGUACUGCCUCUUUUAUUACAAAGGUCCUGAAGAGGAGAAAUUAUUGGGUUCGAUAUUGUUGCCGUCGUACAGAGUUACCGUGUGCAAACCAGAGGACAAAGUUAACAGGAAGUUCGCGUUCAAAGCUGAACACGCGAACAUGAGGACCUAUCACUUCGCGGCCGACAGCCGUGAGAGCAUGAAUCAAUGGGUGAACGCAUUGACUUUGGCCACUCUCCUUCAGGAUCCAAGCCCGUAAGUAUCCAAUUCACGCAC